AUGUCAAUGCGCAGAGGGCAGUGUGCAGUGGCGUGGGUGGGUGUGGCGUGGGCGGAGGGCUCUGCCCACGGGCCGGCGGAUUAUCUUAAUUAUUUAGAUGUUGAUUUCAGGAUGUCAAAGAGUAUUCUGCGAAUUCAUAUUGAGAUUGACAAAGAAAUUCGGGUCCUAGGUUCCUUGACGACAACACUUAAUGAGUAUAAAUAUGAGGAGGUGUCGCUGACGCGCAACAAGAUCCACUCGCUGGCGCCGCGCGCGCUGGCGCGCCUGCCGCAGCUGGAGCAGCUGAACCUGGACGAGAACCGGCUGGCGGAGCUGCGCCGCGACAGCCUGCAGCUGCCGCAGCUGCGACGCCUCUACAUGGCGCGCAACAACCUGUCGCUGCUGCAGGAGCGCGCCCUGUCGCAGCUGCCGCGCCUGGAGGAGCUCGAACUCAACCAUAAUCAGAUCAGCGUCGUCACGCGGGAGACGUUUGCUGGUGUUGGUGGUUCUGGUGGUGGGUGGUGGUUGUGGUGUGGGAUGAUGGCUGUGCUGGAGGUGAAGGUGGUGGUGGUGGUGGGGAGGGUAGUGGAGGAAGAUGCUGUGGUGGUGGUAGUGGUGAUGGUAAAAAUGAUGUGGAAAUGGUAUGGUAGUGGUGGAGAUGGUGAAGGGCAUGGACGUGGUAGAGGUGUUGGAGAAGGUAGUGGCGAUGAUGCUGAUAGGGGAGGUAGUGGAAGGAUGGUGAAAGUGAUGGAGGGAGUGACGAUGAUGGAAAGGAAGUGGAUAUGGAGGUAG